GCGUUCUAGAGCCUCGUCCGGGCCAGGGUCUGCGGAGCUGCUGCACGCGAGCGGGCGGGCGAGCGAGAAAGCGAGCGAGCGCGCACCGGGGUGGCCGCUGCACCGUGUGCAGCUAGCGGUAGGGACCCGGCCCCGCAGCAACCGCGAACCCGGGCGGGGCUCAGGUCGCUCGGGGGCGGUGCCGGUUCCCGCCCCCCACAUCCGGGGGCCGGGCUGGGCGCUGGGGCUCGCGCCGCGCGAGUGAGUCAGGCCGGGUUUUCCCUCCGUCUCUCUGGGGCCAGCCGACGAGUGUCGCCCAGUGUGUCCUCUGCCCGCCGGUCUGGCUCCCGCGCGUGCCCGAAAAGCCUGGGAAGAGAAAGGUUCGAGACUGAGCUGGGGACUGCAGCGCGCCCUGGGAUCCACGGCGCCAGCAUGAAUCAGCUGCCCGUGCCCUGUUGAACCUUCAUGGCCACAGCCUCAGGCCCUGCUGGCAUUGCCAUGGGCAGCGUAGGCAGCCUGUUGGAACGGCAGGACUUUUCCCCUGAAGAACUUCGGGCUGCACUGGCUGGCUCCCGGGGCUCCCGGCAGCCAGAUGGGCUGCUCCGGAAAGGCUUGGGCCAACGAGAGUUCUUCAGCUACCUGCAUCUCCCCAAGAAGGAUGGCAAGAGCACCAAGCGAGCCCCUCGGAACGAGCCAGACUAUGCCACUCUCUACUACCGGGAGCACCCUCGGGCUGGAGACUUCAGCAAGACUUCCCUACCCGAGCGGGGUCGCUUUGACAAGUGCCGAAUCCGUCCUUCUGUGUUCAAGCCUCCUGCGGGCUCUGGGAAAGGCUUCUUGUCCAUGCAGAGCCUGGCAGCCCACAAGGGCCAGAAGUUGUGGCGAAGCAACGGCAGCCUGCACACUCUGGCCUGUCACCCGCCCCUGAGUCCCGGGCCUCGGGCCAGUCAGGCCCGUGCACAGUUGCUUCAUGCUCUCAGCCUAGAUGAAGGUGGCCCUGAGCCCAGCCUAUCAGACUCUUCCAGCGGGGGCAGUUUUGGCCGCAGUCCAGGUACCGGCCCCAGCCCCUUCAGCUCCUCCUUGGGCCACAUUAAUCACCUUGGAGGCUCCCUGGAUCGUGCCCCAAGGAGCCCCAAGGAGUCUGGACCUCUGGCGGUACUGAGCUGCCUGCCGGAGCCGCCUCCCCCCUAUGAGUUCUCCUGCCCCACUACUGAGGAGGUCACCGUGUUGCCUGAGACCUGUGAGGAACUCAAGAGGGACCUCGGUGACCAGGAUGUUUCUAACCCCUUUACUCAGGUGCUCGAGGAGCGCCAGCGGUUGUGGUUGUCUGAGCUGAAGCGUCUGUACGUGGACCGGCUUCAUGAGGUGGCCCAGAAAGCGGAGCGCAGUGAGCGCAACCUCCAGCUGCAGCUGUUUAUGGCACAGCAGGAGCAGCGGCGCCUGCGCAAGGAGCUGCGGGCUCAGCAGGGCCUGGCGCCAGAGCCUCGGACCUCUGGUCCCCCCAUGGAGGCUGACCCCAAUGCCCGGCCAGAGGAAGAAGCCCGAUGGGAGGUGUGCCAGAAGACUGCAGAGAUUAGUCUGUUGAAACAGCAGCUUCGGGAAGCCCAGGCGGAGCUGGCACAGAAGCUGGCAGAGAUCUUCAGUCUGAAGACGCAACUUCGGGGCAGCCGGGCACAAGCCCAGGCUCAGGACGCUGAGCUAGCCCGGCUGCGGGAAGCAGUGCGCAGCCUGCAAGAGCAGGCACCUCGGGAGGAAGCCCCAGGCAACUGUGAAACGGAUGACUGCAAGAGCAGAGGACUGUUGGGGGAGGCAGGAGGCAGUGAAGCCAGAGAAGGGGCCGAGCAGCUGAGGGCAGAGCUGCUGCAAGAGCGGCUUCGGGGCCAGGAGCAGGCUCUGCGCUUCGAGCAGGAGAGGCAGACUUGGCAGGAGGAAAAGGAGAGGGUGCUGCGUUACCAGCGAGAAAUCCAGGGGAGCUACAUGGACAUGUACCGCCGCAACCAGGCACUCGAACAUGAGCUGCGGGUGCUGCGGGAGCCCCCUACAUCCUGGAGUCCCCGGCUAGAGUCCUCCAAGAUCUGAGGCUAGCCAAGUGUGCUGACGUCAGGCAUACUGUCAGUAGAUACCCUGAGAUGGCAGGCUCUUCCCUUGCACUGGUCUGGGGCAGAAUCUGUAGAGGCCAGUUUAGGGAUGGGAGGCCCACCCAGUGGAAAGCUCCAGUGGGCUAUGGGCUGGAUAGGGUGCCUGCUCCAGAAGCUGUGGCAAAGUCUUGCUAGCAGAGAACCACACCCAGGGAGGGCCCAGCCUGCUUCCAGCAGUGGGUGUGGCCCAGUAAAGUAGGUAGGAGCCGUCCAAGCUUCAGCCCCAAGAUGCAGAAGGGCGGGAGAGAAGGAGGGUGGCAGGUGACCUGGCCUGAGGUCUUCCUCCACGGAAGGAGCAAUGGGUGGGAAGAUUGGCCUCCUCCAGAAUAAAAAGAACGUUUUCUAUGAGGAGGCCUAGUUGAUAAGAUUGUCCUUGGCCUGAGUCCAGAGGCUCCUGGAUGGUCCGUGUUCCAGGCCUUGGAUCUAGGCUGUAGUUCCUUCUAUGGUCCCAAUAGUGGAAAGAAUAUACCCGGUUGCAGUUGCUGGUCUUAA